AGUAGUAGUAAUACGGAGAAAAAAUGCAACUGACAAGUGACAACAAAAAUAAUACUUACUUACAUUUAGAAAGGCUAAAUAAGGAAGCCACACUGCUGCAAAUCUUUGCAAUUGGAAGGAGAAUUACAUAGCAACAACAAUGGGGAACCUGUUAGGUUGCAUUCAAGUUGACCAAUCCACAGUUGCUAUUAAGGAGAAGUUCGGAAAAUAUAGUGACGUGCUGCAGCCAGGGUGCCAUUGUGUCCCUUGGUUUAUUGGUCGUCGGAUAGCAGGCGAGCUCAGUCUUCGUGUACAGCAGUUGGAUAUACGCUGUGAGGCCAAGACCAAGGACAAUGUGUUUGUCAAUGUGGUUGCGUCCAUUCAAUACCGAGCCAUUCCUGAGAAGGCAAAUGAUGCAUUCUACAUGCUCAGCAAUUCUCGUUCCCAAAUUCAGGCCUAUGUUUUUGAUGUUAUCAGAGGCACUGUUCCAAGGCUAAAUGUGGAUGAUGUGUUUGAGCAGAAGAGUGAAAUCGCCAAAUCGGUUGCUGAUGGACUCGAAAAGGCAAUGUGUCAUUUUGGAUAUGAGAUCGUUCAAACACUGAUUGUUGAUAUCGAUCCUGAUGAACGUGUGAAGCGAGCUAUGAAUGAGAUUAAUGCUGCUGCAAGAAACAGGGUAGCAGCAAAUGAUAAGGCCGAGACAGAGAAGAUCAUACAGAUCAAAAAGGCGGAAGGAGAGGCGGAGUCCAAGUACCUUUCUGGGGUGGGUGUCGCAAGGCAGCGACAGGCAAUCGUAGAUGGUCUAAGAGACAGUGUACUGGGCUUUUCAGGGAACGUUCAUGGGACAAGUGCUAGGGAUGUUAUGAACAUGAUCCUCAUUACGCAGUACUUUGACACCAUGAAGGAAAUCGGUGCAGCUUCCAAGUCAUCAGCUGUGUUUAUCCCACACGGACCUGGUGCUGUGGGUGAUGUUGCAACACAGAUCAGAAAUGGACUACUUCAAGCAGCAGCAUCAUCUGAAUGAUAACAGAUAAUCCCUACCCAACUAUGGAAAAACAUAUAUAUCACCUUGCGGAGAUAUAAUUAUACCACUCUUCACUUCACUUAGAAUUAUAAGUUUGAGGAAAAAAUAAGUGACACAUACGUUCUAAUAAGUUACAAAAUAAGUUUCAAUAAUUUUCAAUAAAUUCACAAUGCUUAACAAAAAUCAGGUGAUGAAAACACACCCUUACUUGGCUCUUCCACUUUUGGAAUUUGUUUUUCUUUUCUUUUUCUUGAGGGAAACGUUGUGCUCCCGUCGAAGUUUUUACCUUCCUAUAAGACAAUGUUGUUUGUGCGAAAUAUAGAGAUAUAAUGAACUGUACUUCCUCUAUUAUUCUUAUUAUCUUAUAUUGCAAAUAUGAAUUUUUAUACUAUUUA